GUUGUCUGGUAUCCUAGCAACAGCCACUGCUUCCGCUGGGGCCGGGGAGCCGUUGAGUGCCAGGACCCACAGUCGCUGAAAUGGAGGCAAAACUGUUGGGUGCAAGCAGCCCCUUUUCAGAAGGCGACAACCCGAUUCUGGACCCGGAUCUGUAUGACGCGGACACCUUUGACUUCCCAGAUCCUGGGCUGCUCACAGAAAAGAAUGAGUUGUCUUUCAUGGAGCCAUCACAGUUCCUUCCGCUGUUUACCAGCAGCCAGUGGUGGCAAACCAGGACCCCGAGCGCCCGUGCCCGCCAGCUAUGGCUGCUUCUGCGCGCAGGCCUCCACGACAUCGUGGAAAAGGAGAAGAAAGCCGAGCUGCAUGUCGCCCGCUUGACGCACGGGCUGGAGCCACUGCGCCGCCUGGAGGUGGCAGCCGGGCUGCGCUCCGUGGCGCAGGACCCAGUGGGCAGACGCUUCGUGGUGCUGGACGGCGCGGGCCUCCUGCACCUGCACAGAGAAGACGGUUGGGCACAAGAGAAGCUGCCGGCGCCUGUGGCACUUACGGGGCUGGUGGCCGUGCUGGGCCCGCUGGGCACUGUGGGCCGCUUUGUAGGCUGGGGCCCCGCAGGGCUGGCCAUCCUAGGGCCCAACUUCAACUUGCUGUGGCUAAGCGAGCCGGGGGAGGGCUUGGCGCUAGGAUGCGAACCCACCUGCUGCCUGCCGGUGCCCGACCAAGGGCUGCUGCUCGUGGCCCAAAUGGGUGGUAGCCUGGUGCUCUGGAAAUUUCGCUCAGGUGGUCACCGCCUGGUGCUGUGUGGGUCACCCCUGCAGCCGCCGCCAAGCCCAGUGGGCGAGCUCAAGCGUCUGGCUCUGGGACCAGCACCUCCCGACGAAGCUCCGCGCUGCUUUGCAGCCUACGGCUCAGCCGUACUCACCUUCAAUCUGCAGGCCUGGGCUCUCGUAGAUGUGCGCAGGGAUCUGCACAAAACUACCAUCUCGGACCUGGCUUACUGCAAGGAGGUAGAGGCCAUGGUGACGGCUUCCCGGGACAGCACAGUGAAAGUGUGGGAGGCUGACUGGCAGAUCCGGAUGGUGUUCGUGGGCCACACAGGCCCGGUGACAGCUCUGGCCGUGCUCCCGAACACGACCCUGGUGUUGUCAGCCUCGCACGAUGGGACGCUACGCACAUGGGACUUGCAGGCAGCAGCGCAGGUUGGCGAAGUGGCGCUGUGCUCCUGGGGCCAGGAUGCGUUGUCUGGGCGUGUGAGACACCUGCUGGCGCCGAUGGGCCCGGGUUGGCCGGUGCUCUCACUGUGCACGAGCGCCGUGGAGCUGUGGCGCGUGCGGGAGCUCUAUUCGCCGCUGGCGCAGCUGCCCGCACCAGUGCUCCAUCUGCAGGUGGUGCCCCCGUUGCCGGCGCUCGUGUACCCGCGGCUGCCCACGCGCCUCGUGUGUGCCUGCGCUGACGGUUCGGUCUGCCUACUGUCUGCUGCGACUGGGCGCACUGUGAGCGUGCUGCUGCUGGAACCCGAUGACUGCGCAGCUGCCGUGGCUUAUUGUCUGCCGCGCGAGGCGCUGUGGCUGCUGACGCAUGCCGGGCACCUGGUGCGUGCCAACGCAGCGCGCUGUCCCAUGCUUGUGCUGCACCGUGUGUGCCCGCUGCCGCCCCCGGCACCACAGCCCUGCUGCCUGCACCUGUAUAGCCACCUCGCAGACCCCAGCAGUGCAUUCACCUCCUGGGAGAUCGUGCGCCAGCACCGGGGUGAACUGCACCGAAGCACCAUGGCCUGGGCCUGGAAGGACAAGAACCGGUACCUUCCCGUGGUGGGGCACACAGACGGUUCGUUGUCAGUGCUCGAGUGGGUCUCGUCAAAGACCGUCUUCCAUACUGUGGCUCACAGUCCGGGCCCGGUCACCGCUAUCGCAUCCACCUGGAACAGCAUCAUGUCUUCAGGCGGAGACCUGACUGUGAAGAUGUGGCGCGUCUUCCCGUACGCGGAGGAGAGCCUGAGCUUGCUGCGCACCUUCUCUUGCUGCCACCCAGUUGUGACACUCUGUGUGCUUGGCAAACGUGUCACCGUAGGCUUUGAGGACCCAGACAGUGCCACCUAUGGCCUGGUGCAAUUUAGCCUGGGUGACAGCCAGAGAUUUGACCACCGGCCCCAGGACGACCCCAUGGACCACAUCACUGGCCUGUGCUGCUGCCCCUCACUCAGGCUGUAUGCCUGCUCCAGCCUGGACUGCACCAUCCGCAUCUGGACUGCUGAGAACCGCCUGCUGCGGCUCCUGCAGCUGAAUGGUGCACCUCAGGCCUUGGCCUUCUGCAACAACAGUGGGGACCUGGUGCUGGCGCUGGGCUCUCGCCUCUGCCUGGUAUCCCAUAGGCUCUACCUGCCCACAUCCUACCUGGUUAAGAAGCUGUGCUGGAAGGCUCCUGACAUGGUGGACGACCCUCCACUGCCAGUGACCAGCCAGGAGUCACUGACCUCCGCCCAGCUGCAGAGGCUUGCCAACCUACACGGGGCAGCCAGCCUCAGUGCUGCCUUGUCUUUCAUCCACGAGACAGCACCAACUCAGCAGCCAGUGGUGAAGGAGGACCUGGAAGCCCUAGUAGCCCGGGAUCGAGACCUUAAGCAGCUAAGGCUAGGGCUAGUGGUUCCAGCAGACCAGCCCCCACUCUCCUGGCAGCAGCGCCAGGAAGCCUUCAACAAAUAUCUGCACCUGAUCUAUGGUUCUGGCGUGCUGAGUGUGCAGUCUAGAAGGGAGUCCUGGCAGUGGAACACCGGGACCCUCACAAUGGAGAGAGAGAUCUGGGACAUGUGUGCCCUGCCCAGAGCUGGCCCCUGUCUCUGUCAGGCUGGGGUCAGCACUGAAGCCCAGUCAACACCAACAGCCCUGCCCCCUCAAGACCUGAGGGUCCUGGGCCAGCGCUUUGCCCGCCCUCCCAGAAUCACCUUGCCCAUCCCACCCAUCUCCCGGAAGGUGCAUAGCAGGGCAUCCCAGCUUCUGGCCUGCUCCUCCCUGAGCGAUGACCUGGGUCUCAGCCUGGAUCUGCAGCUGCAGUGGGAGCGGCUCCAAGAGAGGACAACCAUGGCCCUGGACCCACCGUCCUCCCACCUGCAGCACAGGAUCCCUCUGCUGCAGAAGAGACGGCCCAAGGAGCCUCCCUCUAACCUCAGGGGAUUCUUUCCUGCCACCACACAGCCCUAUAAGCUCUGCCCACGUCCCAUCAGCUUCCCUGGCUGCGUGCCCAACUCUGUGGUGCUACAGCGGAUGUGGCUGCCUGCAGAGAUUGGCCACACGAGGUCCCUGGCCCAGCUCACCUCCCAGAGAGGACGAAAGACAGGUGUGAGCCAGUAUGACCUGUGGCUGCAGCGGCACAGCAAGCGGUUCCACACCCCGUGGGAAAGGAAUUUCACCCAGUGGUUAGGGGAGGAGGAAGAGGAGGAGGACGAGGAAUGGGAGGAGGAGCUGGACCUGGAGGCUGACUGGGCCUUGGCUUCCCUGAGCUCUGAGACAUCACAGGCUAUUCAGCAGCUGGAUUCCUGCAAACAGGGUGGCAUAGAGACCUCUGUGGACCUGGAGCACCCCUAUGAGGCCACCAGGACAAAGACCUCCCUUCACCCCGAGUACCAGCGAAGGCGCUUGCCCUGGGAAGAGUGUUUUAGGCAUCUGCCCAAGUUCCUGCAUUUUUUCGUCUGCCAGCACUGGUUCAAAAAGCUGUUCCCCAUCUUCACACUGGAGGCAUACCCGGAGAUGGGCACAGUGGAGGGCCUGGCCUCACUGCUCAUGGGCCUGCUGAAGGAGGCCACGUGGGUGGAUCGCGUGCACAUCCUGCGUGCACUGUUGAGGCUGCUUCCUGACGUGAGCAGCACCUUCCGAGGCCGUCUGCAAAGCACACUCGUGCAGUUGCUCAACCUGGACCAGCCCCCCAGCCUUCAGGUGCGCCCCUUGACCCACCCCCAGCCCUCCUCCCACCACACCCACCAAGCACACUUUCCUCCUCUGUGCUCAGGACUGGAUUCAGAGGCAAUUCGUGAUGCUGGCGCUGCGGCUGCUCCUGGCCUGCUCCCUGGAUUCCCAAGACGUGGUGCUGGAGCUCAUGUCCUACUUCCUCUACUCCCCAGCCUCCUGCCAGACCCGGAGGGCUUCCUGUUCAAGGAGAUGCUGACCUGGGUACUGGGCCGUGACUUCAACUCCAAAGCUGCGCUGCGUAGACGCUGCUGCCAGAAGCUGGAGGACCUGAUCCAGCAGCUGCAGGUGGAGACCUUGCAGCCGCCAUCUGCAGCCCAAUUGUCUGCGGAGCUCCCCAAGGUCUCAGAUGGUACCUCGAAGCCUUUCUCUCCCAAGAAGACCACAUCACAGGCUUCAGUAGCCUCGCUGACACCCUCGGGCACCUCUUGGCCGACCUCAAACAGGUCCAAGAGGCUCUUGCAGACCUUGGAGAUGCCCUUGCUGGUGAUCUCACCUACACAGCCAGACCUGGCUGCCCUACAGCUCCAGACCAAGCGGGUGCUGGCGCAGAUGCACAUCCAGCACACCCAACGUGUCCUCUCGGACACGCUGCAGAGCUUCCCCUCAGUCCCUGACACUGACCUGUACUCAGUGCCCACACUGCCUGUGGGGCCACCGCCACUCGAGAAGGCAGACUGGUCAAAGUUGCAAAUACUGGACCUAGGCCUCAUCGACACGCUGAACUUAUUCUGCAAGCAGCAGCGGGCACGGCAGCAUAGCUUGAUCCCAGAGGCUGAACUCCCACCCCUGAUGGUACCCAACACAGUGGUGGCACCAACCCAGGAUCAUUGGCACCACCCCAUCCUCCGGCUUCAGGAGGCCAGCGUUCAGAAGUCUGGGAUGAGAUUGAGGGGUGAGUGGAGAUGGGGGCAGAGACUGACCUGGCCCCACUCCUGCCCACCACCUCAUUGCAUCGCCCACCCCAGGCCGGAUGCUGUCCCAUGCUGGCCGCACCCUGGAUGGCUCCAUCCGGAUGUUGAAGCUGCCGCUGCCACGAGUGGAGGUGCAGCCUUUCCCCCCGGGCUGGCCCAGGCCUGCCCACUCACAGCCCCCGCUGCUCCUACAGCCUGCCCUACAGCGCUACUUUGUGCUAGAUGACACGGACCCUGACAGCUACAGCUGAGCUUGCCGGUGGCCAUGCUCUCCACCCCCACACCCUCCACCCCACUUUCCCUUCACCCCAAGUUGGCAAGUGGCAGCCUGCUCAGGCCUGCCAUUGGCCUUUGGCCAAGGCCUGGUCUGCAAUAAAGUCCAGAGACUUCA